AUGUUUUGCCGAAUUCUAGAGUGUUCCUGCGAAUCCGAGAGACCUAGUAGAACGAAUAUUCGUUCGUCCAGAGCUACUGCUAGUGGCUCACCGACAGGAAAACAAACUCCUUCGAGUCUUCCAGAUGAAUCUUCGAGUGUCCCUCAAGAAAGUGAGGCUCCAACCGCUUCAAAACCGACGUCACAAUCAUUCUUCCCGUACUGGACUGAUGAAAGGCGUAUGGUCUCGAAGGUUGAGCCGAAGUACUCCUCAUCUGGAACCGGCCGCAGAACGAAAGUGACUUCUACGGAAACGAACAUAUGGGCACCAACUGGAACUAGUAGUAGUAAACGGCGCCCAUCGUCAGGCCCAGACAGUACUCCAUCGAAAAACGAAAGAAGCUCGAGCGCAGCCCCGCCGCCAAUAGCGGAGCCACCAGCUGAUGUCUACGAAUUGCGACGACGUAUGGAGAGAGCGAGGGAAAAUGAACGAGUACGAGCCAUGAUG